AUGCACCCAUCCUGGCGCCAUUUUGGCCUUGGCAAAAAAGUCAUCGGCAACAUCAUCAGGUGGAAUCCCAUCUAUACGGUCUUCGGUCUCCCAGAUGGAUCCCAUUUCUGGCCAUGGUCUCGUCUUUUCACCAGCAACACUGACCGCAUUAAAUGCGUCGUUUCUGGAUUGGCUUGCUUAUUCUGCGCUUCUGUGGUCUUCUGGAUGUGUGACUAUUCGGUCUACAAAUGGAUGAAGUACUACUACAUACCGUUGACCUUCCAAGGCCUAAUCCUAGUGAUCAUCACCUAUUUACAGCAUCAGAACGAGGAAAUUGAGGUUUACGAGCCCGACGAGUGGUCAUUUGUCCGUGGUCAAACUCAAACCAUUGAUAGGGUUUAUGGUUUUGGACUCGAUACCAUCAUGCAUCACAUCACCGAUGGUUAG